GCCUUUGUACGCGAGCUGCUGGACGGCAAAAUAGCGGUGUUCGGCCGUCGGCGGGGAAGGGGUCCUCGGCCAGGUGGGGCGGCAGCGGUGUCGCCGCCACGGUCGCUGCACCUUGAUAGAGGAUCUGUGCCGCCCGCCGCCGCCGCUCGGGCCGAGGAAAUAGCACGCUCGCCGCCGCUGCUUCGAGCCGCUCAGUGGGAGGAGCCGCUGCACCUCACCCGCCGCCGGAGAGGAAGCCGCCGCUGCCGAAGGCCCCGCAGGUUCAAUGUCCCACAGGGCCAGCGACGGCUGACGGUACGGCCACCACCGCAGCCGGCGUCGCCUGCUUCGGCAGUUGCGCCACGACUGCGGCCGUCGGCUUGCGAUCGUCCGCCUGGUACCACUGUGCACCUAGCCGCGUUCGGUCGUCUUUUACGCAUGUCCAAUCAACGGGCGGCGUUGAGCCAGCGUUGUCGGACAGUGGACUGGUUUGAGAAGAGUGCACCAUGACUGCAGCGCUGACCUUUCGAACGAGGGGGAACGAGGCAGCACAUCCUGCUCUCAUUCCACACAGCCUGAGUGCCGGCACGGGCACAUUCCUUCUCUCCGAAACAAGGCGUGCUCGGCCCCCGCAGACGCUGAGCAUCCAGGGCCACGUGGCUGCUCGCGCUCCGUCGAUGGAGCGGCUGGGCCCCAAGCGAGCCUCGGCGGAGUCGAUUGGGGCGUGCUCGCUGGACGCGGAGGCGAGCGAGUCCUCCGCCCCCGAGGCGCGGCGCAUGGCCAAGGAGGCGUCGGAGGUCACCCUGCGCAGCAUGGUCAUGUCCACGCGGGAGAGCUUGUUCGUGGCUCGCGGGUCAGUGGACUCGGGGAGGCCGCCCGACGGCUUUGUCGGCACGGGAUUCCUCUAUAUCACCCCUGAAGGUACCGCAGUGCAGCUGUCCAACGGCUGCUGGAACGUGGGUGGCAACACGGUGGAAGAGUGGUCGAGCAAGGUGGUGGAGCACCGUCCUUCCUACCUGGGCAUCAGCUGUGCCAUCAACGGCUACACCAGCUACAGCCAGUUCUGCCGCAGCCGCGACAGCAGUCCCGCCCGUCCCAACCAUAAGGGCGUGGCCAUCGGGCAGUCCCCGAGGGCGGAGCCAAUUGUCGAGCUAGCGCCUCCCUGCGAGCAGACGGCGUUCCUCAACGGCUGUGGGAAGACGAGCGCGCCGGCCCCCACUGCCGUGGACGACAUGGAGCCAGGCUGGUCCCUCGUACAGCAGAGAAUAGCCACCCUGUACGGUUCGGAGGCGGCGGAUCGCGUGGCGAGGUCCCGCACGAGGACGGCCAAGAGUCCCGUCAAGUUGGUGGGCCCCAAGCGCAGCCCCUCGUGCCCCGCCCAGGCGGUCCGCGGGAGGUCCAAAAGCCCUCCGGUGUUCCGGCACCUCACCAAGAACUUUAGGGAGCACUUGCGGCUAUCGGAAGUGUCGGCAUCUCCGGCGGAGAACCUUCCCGGUUACAUCGCAAGCCCGGCAAAAGCGGCGUCCGGGCGCGGAGCUGCCGUCUCUCCCGAGAAGAAGCGCGUGGUGCCCAUUGUGAGGACGUGCGAAGUGGACGGCGGUGACGGUGCAGGGCUGGAGGGCUUUGCGGGACGGUUCGCCUCUUUCCAGCCGCAGGUCCUCAACGGUGGCGUGUCGAAGAUCAACGGAAACCACAAAGUCGCGUCUUCCGGCGAGCCUGAAAAGGGCAGGACCACAGAACCCGAAGUUCAGGUGGCAAGGCCGGCACAGGUGUGUCCACGAGCCCUGUCUUCUUCGGACCUGCCCCAGCGGGAGGGGCACACGUUCCUGGCCACCAUGGCCAGCACUCAGGAGGCCCUGGAGACGCGCAUCCGAUGGACCCAAGAGUACUUGGACCAGGAGGGCCUCUCGGAGGACGUCAAGGGCAGGAUACGCUCGGCUGUGGGCAAGGCCAACCUGCUCAUCGCGCAGAAGUUUCAGCAAUUCAGGGAGCUCUGCCUCAAGAACAUUGAGCCCAAACCUGAUGACCCAUUUCCAACCACUGGCUCGGACCUCGCCGGAUUUUGGGACAUGGUGAUGCUGCAAGUUGAAAAUGUGCACGGUGUGUUUGACGAUCUGCACAGCCUGAAGGCGAACAACUGGCAGGAGCCUGCAAAGAUUGAGAGUGCCAAGAGCUCUAUACCCAAACCGACCACGGCCAGGAAGAGCGCCUCGAGGUCGAUGCCAGCGAGCCCCCGGAGGUCCGCCAAGGGGGAGGAAGCGGCCAGGUCUCGGGAAGAAGCCCGCAAGCGCCUGAUGGAGGCCAAGCGCCAGGCCAGGCAGGCCAACCAGGCCUCACAGGACUCUGGGGUGGCCAUCUUCAUGCCCGGAGAGAAGCACAACUGACUGGCUCGUGUCGCUGCCCUAGAAUAAUUGCCGGAACGAUCGCUCUCUCAUCACGUACUCCGUCCCUGCAUGGCGGAAAAGAGCCCGACAAAGGAGGUCGAUUUUGUGGUAACGGUUGUAGUCACUCGUGCUGUUCGUUCUCGAAAGAUUUGCUUUUCUUGUACGCAUGCCGUGGCUUACAUUUUUCUAACAACCCUCCCGCGGCUUUACGCAGCGGAUGUCCCCUUACUCUGCCCGGAGAGAGACUUCCCGCUUGAAUACGAGUGCCGGGAGGGAACUCCGUUGCGACGCGGAAUUCAAGUUUGUCGAGGCAGUGCGGGGAUGCGUCGAGAGGUGUAGCUCUGCAGAAUGCGAGGAUCACUGGACCACUUCUGGUAGACUAGCUCCCUCGCUCUUCCAUAUUUUCCAGUUUAUUUAACCCGAGGAAAGUAGUGAGUCGGUGUCAAUAAGGGUAGGCUGUGUACGCCUGGACGGAAGAUUAAGCCCACCUAGUUCCGUUAUAAGGACUUUCUUUGUAUUCUGUGGAAUGCUGCGUAAGUUUGAAUACCAGUUUACAUUCCACUGGAUGCACGUUGUUUGAUAUUUCUCAAUCCUUUGCAUGCCAACCUCUUUUCUUUUCUUCUUAUAUUUUAGUAGUUUUGUGUUGUCCUAGGCAUCUUGUGAAUGACAUUUAUAACAGGAGGUAUUUGUGAUAACUCGAAGGAAUCUUUUUUGCUGGUUAUAUAGUUGUAAGGAGGAGUGAUCUUUUUUGUACAGUGCUUUUAUGCCUGGUUUGAAAUGCUUACUCAGGACUUAUACACAUUAGAACAAAGGGAUAGCUUAAUGAAUAUUAGUGCUUGCUAGUUAUAGAAGUUAUUUGAAUUGGCACUUACCAUAUUUGUUUGUUAUAAGGUGCACUUUGUACAAAUAUUUAAUAUGAGAAAUGGCACGUAUUCUGCGUUCAUCUAAAACAUGGUAUAGUACUAGGUGCUUGUUAUAAUAUACCAGUCAAACAAUUUCUAGUAAUGGAGUCAAAAAAUAUACUUGCAGCAUAUGACCAUUUUUUUUUUGCAUCUUAUACUCAGAUAAAUAUGGCGUAUCUAGGGGGUUAUCCCACAUAACUGGGUGCAGCCCUCUUGCCUUCUCAAGUUUUCUGAACUAGUUUUGCAUGAGCUUGCAGGAUUGUUCUUUUUUUUCAUUGCUAAACCAUGACCACAGUAAAGCAGUUGAAUCUUGGCUCUUGUGAAAGUGUUGAAAGAUCUCUGGAUUGUCUGAAAAUGAGGAGUGAAGAUUUGUUGCCAUGUUUCAGCAUGCUUUGUCUUUUGUGUGAUGGUUAAUGAAUUUGCUUCUACUGCAAAUGAAAUACUACUAGGUACCAUUUUUUCCCUUCUGUGACUUCUGGUACCUCAGUUUUCUUGCUGUAGAUAACUGUUGGCCGUAGUCUUGCGUCAAUGUUCUCUAAGUAUUUAAGAGUAGUUUGAGCGUAUUAAUGCACUUUUUUUGUACAGUAUCACGGAAGGAAGCCUCUCUUUUACUCACCUUUUUACUCUAAAUCAUGACUUGCAAAAUAAAGCAUGUACAUAGCGACUCUUGCUUAUUUCUAGUGAAGUUGUGUAUUCAUUGUAGCCAUAAGUUAUGGAGGAUGUAGUGGCCACACCACCAUUUGCAAGAAAUAUUUUACUCGGUCACAAUAAAGCAAGCUGGGAUAGUUUCUACCUCUCA